UUCAAACCUAACCAAUUUCCAAAUUACGUAUGUAUUGGAUGAUGACAAUGAAAGUGAUACACCAAUUCUGUUUCUGAUCGUUAAGCACAACCGCAUCCCAUGGAUGAACUCAACACCACCACCACCAAUAACGGUGGCUUCAAACUAACUGAAAACGACGACGUAUUAGGAACAACGAAAAAGAAAAAAGUUAACACAAAAAAGGAGUUGGAAUCAGGAAAAGGAAAACCGUUAAUCAUCAUGAUGUGUGCUAGUUUGGUGUACUACCACUGUGCGUAUCGUAAUUCAACCAUAAUUUCACUCAUGUCAGACGUCUUCAUUGUUCUCCUGUGUUCUCUUGCUAUACUCGGCCUCCUUUUCCGUCAGAUGAACAUUCAGGUGCCUGUGGAUCCUCUGGAAUGGCAGAUAUCUCAGGAUACUGCAAACAGUCUGUUUGCGUGUUUGGCUAAUACUGUAGGUGCAACUGAAUCUGUUCUUAGGGUUGCUGCUACUGGUCAUGACAAACGCCUGUUUCUAAAGGUGGUUGUCACUCUUUAUAUGCUAUCUGCUUUGGGAAGAUUGGUGUCGGGUGUUACUGUUGCUUAUGCUGGAGUGAGCUUGUUUUGUCUGUAUAUUCUUGCUGAAAAUUCAUCGUUGUUUGGGACGUGCUCGUCAAAAUUUAGCUGGAGAAGAGAUAGCCCUAAUGAUGUGCUAGAUACCACAUAACUCCCUGUAAUUUACUUGGUGCAUGUUCUGCCAAAUAUAUCUAUCAUUCUUCCAUUCUGUAUCAGUCACAUUUUAGUAUUAUGUUACCAGGUUUAUAUUAGAAAUGCCUUCCUGAAA